UUUCCAUAAAACGUCAGUUUAGUAAAAAAAUUUAGGUUGAAACCGCGUCGCGUCUUUCGCAAAUUACUAACAAAGAGAGUAAAACAGAAGUUUUAACUCACUAUUUUCGAAGGCAUUAACCUAAAAUGGUUGAAGCUAAUGGGAUGGAGCUUACGGAACAGGAGGCCGAGUUGUACGAUCGUCAAAUUCGGCUCUGGGGACUCGACUCUCAAAAAAGACUACGUGCAGCUCGCAUACUAGUAGCCGGAAUGAAUGGACUUGGAGCGGAAAUAGCUAAGAAUAUUAUUCUAUCCGGUGUCAAAUCUGUCACUCUUCUCGAUGAUCAAGACGUGAAGGAAUCAGAUUUUUGUUCACAAUUUUUGGCUGCUCAAUCGUCGCUUGGUACUAAUCGUGCCGAAGCCUCUUUGGUUCGAGCUCAGCAGCUCAACCCAAUGGUUGAAUUGAAGGUCGAUACGGAGAACAUAUCCAAGAAGCCGGAUGGCUAUUUUAAGAAUUUCGAUGUGGUCUGUAUUAUGGAAGCUUCAACCGAACAGCUUCUGCGUAUUAACGGGGUAUGCCGCGAAGCAGGCGUUAAAUUCUUCGCCGCUGAUCUCUGGGGAAUGUUUGGGUUUUGUUUCGUCGAUCUGCAGGAGCAUAAUUUUGUCGAGGAUGUGGUUAAACAUAAGGUCAUUUCAAAGCCUCAUGAGAAGACCAAAACGGAGCUUGUGACGUCAACUGUGAAACGUACUAUUAACUAUCCGUCUUACAAAUCGUUGGUAGAGUUUGACUUCAAGGCUCAAUCUUACGCUCGUAAGUUAAACCGUACUGGUCCGUCACUGCCAGCAUUGCGUGUUUUACAAAAAUUCCGAGACGAUGAGAAGCGAGAUCCUCUGUACACCGAACGAGCUGCGGAUUUGGAGAAGCUACAAAAAAUUCGUGACGAAAUUGCCCCCGGUUUAGUUCCGGAUGAAGCCUUCGUUCAUGUUUUUGCCCAGAUUUCUCCAGCUGCCGCAAUCGUAGGAGGAGCCGUCGCUCAUGAGAUCAUCAAAACAGUUUCCCAAAAGGAGGCACCCCAUCUCAACGUUUUUCUGUUCGAUCCGGAGAGAUGCUGUGGAUUUAUUGAGGCCGUAGGGGUGGACGCCUAAUUUGCUAACUCCUGGAAGUCGCCACGAGCGUGCAGUAUCAGUAUGAUUUAUGAAAAUAUUUUAAACUUAUUCGUUACAAUAAACUCUUCUAAGUGUAAUCACAUGGA